GUGACUCUCGAAAAGAAGUGAGAUCAUGUUUCAUUUCAGGAAGAUGUAUGCUUCAGUUCUGUAGGUCAGAAGUCCAACAGGGGUGAUUGUUCGAAAGUCAAGAUGUCGUAAGGAAAAUUUCUACCCUCUUUUGUAACAUCAUCAAGGAGAUAUUCGAGCAGAGUCAACUCUCUCAGUUACAUAAAAUAAAGAAUGGCAUAUUGUCGGCAAGCUGAUCUAAAUCCUAAUAAAUCACAUGAAGAACAGCAUGGGCACCAAGAAUUUCACUCCGUAAAUCAACCCUUUUCUUCUAGUCAAGUCAGUCUAGGUUUUGAUCAGGUAGUAGAUGAAAUCAGUAAUAAAAUUCCUCUCCAUCAGAAUGAAAUUGAAGAAGACACCUUUUUUGUGCCCAGUGCACCAAACUGGGACUUAAAAAAGUAUUCAUUAGAUGAAACACACCAAAUAUCCUUGAAUGAAUUCACUUCUAAAAACCCUGAGCUCUCCUGGCAUCAAGUUAGGAAGACACCAGUAAUUGGUUUUAGUCCUUCUGUGCUACCAAGACUUCAAAACAUGAAUAAAGAAAGUUCCUGGGGAAACCCUGUAGAAAAACAUCAUGGUGCUGAUGACUCCGGAUUCAAUAUAUUAGCUUCAUCAUCCACUAGUUCAGAUAAAAUUAAUCUACAGAGAGAAUUUGACAAUCAAAAUUAUAACUACUAUAUAGGAUUUGAAAGUAGCAUUCAUUCUAUAUAUCCAUCCUCAACUGACUUAAUGCCAGAAGAAGAGAAUGAAACGAGUCGACAUAUGAAUAUUGUGGAACCUUCUCUGAUGCUUUUUAAAGAUUCUUUUCUACCCAGGAAAUGGGAAAGCACCUGGCCAAAGAACAUAGAGCCAAUAGGUUGUUCCAUUCAGCUGGCUGAGGUACCUCAAGGCAGUAAUAUGACUCUGGCCUCCUUUUGCAACAAAGUAAAAAAAGUAAGGGAAGCAUAUCAUGCAGCUGACAUUAAUUCCAAUUCUGGGAAGAUCUGGAGCACCAUUACAGAAUUUCCAUAUCAGCUAUUUUCUAAUACCAGGUUUAAUAUAAAUAUAUUUACUGGUAACUCAACAGAACUACUUUAUUUUACGCCAUAUGCUAAUUGUCUUGUCAAAGACCUGAUUGCAGAAAUUCUGCAUUUUUGUACACAUGACCAGUUGUUCCCCAAAGAUUAUCUUCUAAGUAUAUGCGGCUCUGAAGAAUUUUUACAGAAUGAUCGAUGUUUGGGGAGCCACAGAAUGUUUCAGAAAGAUAAAUCUGUGAUUGAGCUUCAUCUGCAGAAUAGGAGAGCUCCAGGAAAGUUAUCUCGAAAGCAUGAAGAUGACCACAGUCAGUUUUAUCUGAACCAACUUCUAGAAUUUAUGCAUAUUUGGAAAGUAUCCAGACAGGGCCUGUCAACAGUAAUCAAAAAAUAUGACAUCCACUUGACACACCUAUUGAAAACUCAGAAAGAUGCAGAGGAGAAAAGUUUGCCACCACUCUUUUCUGAUGUUCAAAAUACUUUUCAGCAAAACGUGGAUAACAUUAUUGAAGCAGUUAAAAAAAUAUGCAGUAUUCUGGGGUGUGUGGAAACCAAUCAAAUUACAGAUGCAGUAAAUGAACUAAAUCUAAUUCUUCAGAGGAAAGCAGAGAAUCUUAAUCAAAAUUCAGAGACUUCAGCAAAAGGCUUGAUAGAGAAAGUGGCAACUGAGCUAUCCAAGUCUAUCUACCAGCUAAUUGACAUCUAUUGUACUAGCUUUUAUGCAGAUUUUCAGCCUGUAGAUACACCUAGAAGCAUCUCCUGUCUAAAUCCUGGGCUCCAUUCCCACCUUAGCUUCACAGUGUAUGCAGCACACAACAUACCAGAGACCUGGGUGCACAGCUAUAAAGCAUUUUCUUUUUCCUGUUGGCUUACUUAUGCUGGAAAGAAGCUGUGCCAAGUAAGAAACUACAGAAAUAUCCCAGUCAAAAAAUUAUUUUUUUUCUUGGUCAACUGGAAUGAAAUGAUCAAUUUUCCUCUCGAAAUAAAGUCACUUCCAAGGGAAUCCAUGCUUACUAUAAAAUUGUUUGGGAUUGUCUGUGCAACCAACAAUGCAAAUUUACUGGCCUGGACUUGUUUUCCAUUGUUUCCAAAAGAAAAAUCUGUUCUUGGGUCUAUGCUGUUCAGCAUGACGUUACAGAGUGAGCCACCCAUAGAAAUGAUAGCUCCAGGAGUGUGGGAUACAAGUCAGCCAUCCCCAGUGACCCUGCAGAUUGAUUUUCCAGCUGUUGGGUGGGAGUAUAUGAAACCUGAUUCUGAAGAGAAUACAAUUAAUCUUGAAGAACCACCAAAAGAGUGUUUAAAACACAUUGCCAGACUUUCACAGAAACAGUCUCCACUACUACUCUCGGAGGAAAAGAGAAGAUACUUGUGGUUUUAUCGCUACUACUGCAAUAACGAAAACUGCUCCCUUCCUCUGGUCCUGGGUAGUGCCCCUGGAUGGGAUGAAGGGACUGUUUUAGAAGUGCAUGCCAUUUUGAGAAGGUGGACAUUUUCUCACCCUUCGGAGGCACUUGGACUUUUGACUUCUAGUUUUCCAGAUCAAGAAAUUCGUAAAGUUGCAGUUCAACAAUUAGACAACUUCUUGAAUGAUGAACUACUGGAAUAUCUCCCACAGCUAGUUCAGGCUGUCAAGUUUGAAUGGAACCUUGAAAGUCCUUUAGUGCACCUCCUACUACAUCGUGCAUUGCAAAGCAUCCAGGUCGCCCAUCGUCUUUACUGGCUGCUAAAAGAUGCACAGAAUGAAGUUUAUUUUAAAAGCUGGUAUCAGAAGCUGUUGGCUGCUCUCCAAUUCUGUGCAGGAAAAGCAUUGAGUGAUGAAUUUUCCAAGGAGAAUAAACUAAUCAAAAUUCUGGGAGAUAUUGGGGGAAAAGUCAAGUCGGCCAGUGAACCUCAAAGACAGGAGGUACUGAAAAAAGAGAUUAGCAGACUAGGAGAAUUCUUUCAAGAUGUAAACUCUUGCCACCUUCCUCUGAACCCUGCCCUGUGUGUAAAAGGGAUUGAUCAUGAUGCAUGUUCAUAUUUUACAUCUAAUGCUUUGCCAUUAAAGAUUACUUUUAUCAAUGCUAAUCCAAUGGGCAAAAACAUCAGCGUCAUUUUUAAGGCUGGAGAUGAUCUUCGUCAGGAUAUGCUUGUUCUGCAGAUUAUUCAAGCGAUGGACAGCAUUUGGCUGCAGGAGGGCCUAGAUAUGCAAAUGAUCAUUUAUAGAUGUCUAUCCACAGGAAAAGACCAAGGAUUGGUGCAGAUGGUGCCCGAUGCUGUAACCCUAGCAAAGAUUCAUCGCCAUUGUGGACUGAUGGGGCCACUGAAGGAAAAUACAAUCAAAAAGUGGUUCAGUCAGCACAACCACUCAAAGGCAGAUUAUGGAAAGGCCUUGAGGAACUUUUUCUAUUCCUGUGCUGGCUGGUGUGUGGUAACAUUCAUCCUGGGAGUCUGUGACCGUCACAAUGAUAAUAUCAUGCUGACGAAGUCAGGCCACAUGUUUCAUAUUGACUUUGGAAAAUUCUUAGGUCAUGCACAAACAUUUGGAGGGAUAAAAAGGGACAGAGCACCUUUUAUUUUUACUUCAGAGAUGGAGUACUUUAUUACAGAAGGUGGGAAAAACCCACAGCAUUUCCAAGAUUUUGUGGAGCUUUGCUGUCGAGCUUAUAAUAUUGUAAGAAAGCACAGCCGACUACUCUUGAACCUGCUAGAAAUGAUGCUACAUGCAGGAUUGCCUGAGCUAAGUGGAAUCCAAGACCUGAAAUAUGUGUAUAAUAAUCUUCGUCCACAAGACACAGACCUGGAAGCAACAAGUCAUUUUACCAGGAAAAUAAAAGAAAGUCUGGAGUGCUUUCCAGUUAAAUUGAAUAACUUGAUCCACACACUUGCACAAAUGUCAGCCAUAAGUCCUGCCCAAUCUACUUCACAGACUUCUUCCAAGGAAUCCUGUAUUCAAAGAGCAACAAUUUUAGGGUUCAGCAAGAAAUCCAGUAAUCUGUAUGUCAUCCAGGUGACACAGAGUAACAAAGCAAUAAGUCUGACAGAAAAAUCAUUUGACCAGUUUUCAAAACUUCAUAGUCAACUCCAGAAGCAGUUUGCAUCAUUGACUCUCCCAGAGUUUCCUCACUGGUGGCACUUACCUUUUACAAAUUCAGAUCACAAAAGAUUCAGAGAUCUAAAUUAUUACAUGGAACAGAUAUUAAAUGGAUCAUAUGAUAUUGCAAACAGUGAUUGUGUACUUAAUUUUUUCCUCUCUGAGCCUGUGCAGCAAACAGUUGAAGAAUCAUCACUUGUGGACCUAGGUGAGAAAUUUCCUGACAAGAAGCCUAAGGUGCAAUUAGUCAUAUCACACGAGGAUGCAAAGCUGACCAUCCUAGUGAAACACAUGAAAAACAUUCAUCUCCCAGAUGGCUCCACGCCCAGUGCACAUGUUGAAUUUUAUCUUUUACCAUAUCCCAGUGAAGUUCGUAGGAGGAAAACAAAAUCCGUUCCAAAAUGUACCGACCCCACUUACAAUGAAAUUGUGGUAUACAAUGAAGUCACAGAACUCCAAGGGCAUGUCUUAAUGCUUAUUGUGAAGAGCAAAACCAUAUUUGUGGGAGCAAUUAACAUCCAACUCUGUAGUGUCCCACUCAAUGAAGAAAAAUGGUACCCACUAGGAAACAGUGUAAUUUGACCGUUGCUGUGAACAUAUGCAUUAUUCACUAACUGAUUGUAUUUUUUCUCACAUCUACGCCUCUCUAUCACAUAAGCAGGACAUUUUUGUUGUCGGAGAUAGCAUAGGGUAUUAAGGAUACAAGGAAAAGAAAUUAGAAUCAGUCUUUUGUAGUCAUUUAUUCUUUAUGUGUGUUUCAUUUCUUUCUUAGAAUCUUUUCUCCUUAAAGGGAGUGCUGAUUGCAUAAAAUUCAAUACGUAAAAUUAUAAAAGAACAUUUAAUUUUAAUACAUCUUUUAAAUCAAACAUACACUCAGAGGCUUCCUGUCAAGAUGGUGGAAUAGACAGUUCCCAGUGUCACUCUCUCCCACAAAUCAACCAAUUUACAACUAUUAAAAAGCAGCAACAGCCAACCUGGGGCAACUAGAGCUCAGGGGAAGAGGAGGAAAGACCUACGGAGUGCAUGAAGGGGGAGAAGCCACAAAGAGAGAAAGAAAGAACUGCUCUGACCCGACUGUUUCAAGCCCCAGCCACUUCCAGGCUGGAGCUGCUGAGUGUGCAGAGCAGGAGCUGGCAGCCACAGCUGUGCCCUUUAGAUGGAGCUGCUUGGAGGUAGCAGGGGAGAAGAGGGCCUUGGUGGCCUCCAGACCAGCAAAAUUACUAAUAGGGUUCCCAUAGACCCACGUAGGAAUGAGGAGCCACAAUAACUGAAGAAAAGGAGCUACUCAGAGAGUCACCACAAGGGACCAGCAUACAGCCUGCCCCAUGGGAAGUGUCUGGAACAUGGGUGGUGAGGGAGAUGGGCCACUGGGGGAACACUGAGGCACAGCAAGUACAGCUGAUUUGUCCCCCAAUCAGUGCAGGACCACUCAGAAGACACUGGUCAGGAAUAUAGAAUUGCACGAGGUGCAGUUUGAUGAAAAGACUCAGGCCCAGCCAGAGUUUCCACACAACACAGGUGUAUUGGGUCUCAUGAGUUCUGGAAGCACCUGUAAAGUCAACCAUUAAACCCUGAGCUGUACAAAAUGCCUUCCCCAGGGAGCCAGCAGCAAAGCAGCCUUUUAGCUCAAACACAGAGCUCAAGUACUGGUCCUCAAAGGAAGUUCCCCCAUUUUAGAAAUAAGUAAAGGACAGCAAAUUAGUUUCAGUGCAGAGUUUAAGUGGUCGGAACAGCAAAUAAUCCAACAGAGAACUGAAAGAAAAAACGAAACACCCACAGACUGGAGACAAAGUUUGAUAUUAACUAGUAAAGGUCUCUCAUCACCAAAGAACACCUAUAAAACCUAGAAGUCCCAUGGGCUACCAAAACAAAGAGCAGGGAGGGCUAGGGGCCUCAGCCAUGCCCCCCGACACCCACAACCAGUCCCAAGUGUGGGGGCCAAGGGCCUCAGCCACGCCCCACUAACACCUGCAUCCAGCCAGCGACAACCACUGAGUUGCCGCAGGAAACUCCCUGGGCUCUCCUGAGCUGGGGCAGUGGGAGUCUGAGGGCCUCAGCCACACCACCCGGACACCCACAACCAGCCCAGCGAUGACCACCAAGCUGCUGCAGGAAGUGCCCAGGGCUCUCCCGAGCUGGGGCAGUGGGUGACAAAGGGCCUUGGCUAUGCCCCCCUGAAACCCACAAGCACCCCAACAAUGACCACCAAGCCACCUCAGGUAGUGUCCUGGGCUCCCAUGCUGCAGCAAUAGUGGGGUGAGGGCUUCAGCCACACUCCUCUUACCUCUGCACCCAGCCCAGCAAGGACCAAGCCACUGCUGGGAGCCCCCUGGUCUCCUCUUCAGGAAUGAGGUGGGUACCGUAGCCUCAACCGCACCCCUCUGCCUUCCUCCUUUUCCCACCCUAUUUCUUUCCCCUUAGCCUUAUCCCCCUCUCCCACAACAGCUCCACAUCAACAUCAUAGAAUGUAAAAAAAAAAUAGUAAUAUUAAUAAACAAAUAAACGUUAAAAAAAAAGAAGAAUCAGAAUCACCUCUGGAGCUUUUUCACAAACACUUAUGCCUAGCCAAUCCUCAUUCCCUGAAUUUGAGAACCACAGAUUCUCAGGACUGUAUGGUUUUCAGUCCUCCUGGACUGCUAGUUUGUUUUGGGAAACUCUCUUUCUUUCUCUCUGUAUCUCUGUCUCACUCUCUCUCUCACACAUGUAAGAAAUUUUAGGGGCAAUAAGAGCAAGGAAUUAAUGUGUGUCUAUUAUGUUUACUAUGUGCCAGUUCCUUUAUAUAUGUUACAUCAUUUUAUCAGAAUGAGAUUAAGAUUUCUGUAAGGAAAUAAACCAGGACUUGAAAAAAGCACAUCGAAAUCAAG